UGGAGCGGUGCUAAAACAACCUGGAACUAACAGCUAACGGCAGCCUGAAUUACAGCCAGGGUAACCUAUACCAUGCAACCUAGAGAGGAGGACAAGCCCGGAGUAGUGAUUCUUGAACCAUUUCUAAUUUGACGGAGUAUUUUUUUAACUAUUAUUCGUUCUCGUCUAUAAAAUAGAUGAACAUUACCGCAAUUGUGUCAAUUUGACAUACCUCCAUACAUUCACUCGCCCGCGCGCACACACCACACAAUUGCAGUCAGACGGGCUCCGGUUAGGAGAUUCAGAAACGCUCAAGGAUAUUAUCCCCCAAAACUUUAAAACAUGGAUUUAUUUUUUAUUCCACCACGAAUUUGCUGGUGGAGGGUAUUGUUUCUUUUGAGCAUCUUUCAGGACUACUUGAGCAAUAUGCUGGACUGCCCGCCAACCUGCAGCUGUUCUCCAACUGAGAUCUAUUGCAAUAAGUCUGACAAUGGGAAAUUCUUUCCUUUGCUUGCACUGCAAGAUACUGGGAACAAUGGAAAUAACAGCAUCGAAGAUCUGUUCAAGAACAUCACCUCAAUACACAUUGAGAACUGGACUGGCCUGCAGACCCUGAAGGAUGUGGACAUGGAGCUGUACACUGGACUUCAGAGACUAACGAUCAUGAACGGCAAUCUGCGCGGUAUCCAGGCCAGAGCCUUCUCCCAGAACCCCCACCUCCGCUACAUAAACUUAUCGAAGAAUCCUCUGACCACAUUAUCAUGGCAACUCUUCCAGAAUCUUCAACUCUUCGAGCUGAGGCUGGAAGAAGUGGUGUUUGAGUGUGGCUGUGAUAUCCGCUGGAUUCAGCUGUGGCAGCAGCGAGGGGAGGCUGGCCUGAACACCCAGCUGUUAUUCUGCAACAACGGAGCCUCCAAGAUCCCUCUCCAAGCUAUGAAUAUCUCCCUCUGUGACUUGCCGGACAUUAGUGUGACCCACUAUAAUCUCACAGUGAUUGAGGGGGACAGAGUCACCGUCACCUGUAAUGGAUCUGGAUCCCCCCUCCCUGAGGUGGACUGGACCGUCAAUGACCUCCACUCCAUCAACACUCACCAGUCCAACGUGUACUGGCCCAAUGUCCACUCCAUCAACCUAACCCUGGUCAACGUGAGCCGUGAUGACAACUUCUAUAUGCUGACCUGUAUAGCAGAGAACAAAGUGGGGAUGGCCAACGCCUCCAUCCAGCUCACGGUCCAUUUCCCCCCCACCAUCCUGAAGCUAGACGAGCCCGAGCGUCGCCAUGAAACCUGCAUAGAGUUCACAGUGCGUGGUAACCCCCAGCCUACCCUGCGCUGGUUCCACCGGGACAAGGAGAUCCCCCCCAGUGACUACAUCCGCACUGAGAUGGAUACCUACCAGGACUACCUAGAGGGAUGCCUCAACUUCAAGGACCCCACGCACCACAACAACGGCAACUACACUCUGGAAGCUAGCAACUUCCUAGGAGUCACCACCAAGACAGUGUAUGGACACUUCCUCAACGCCCCGUUUUCAGACGAUUAUGGUGAUUAUGGGACUCCAACACCGACCAUCACAGUAACACACAGGCCUGAGGAGGACACAUUCGGGGUGUCUAUUGCUGUGGGCCUUGCUGGAUUUGCCUGUGUCCUUCUCGUUGUCCUGUUUGUUCUCAUCAACAAAUAUGGCCGACGUUCAAAGUUUGGAAUGAAAGGACCAGUAGCAGUGAUCAGUGGUGAGGAGGACUCGGCCAGCCCCCUGCACCAUGUCAACCAUGGCAUCAUCACCCCCUGUACCCUUGACGCUGGACCAGACGCUGUGGUCAUCGGGAUGACCCGUAUCCCUGUCAUUGAGAACCCACAGUACUUCAGACACGGACACAACUGUAACAAGCCUGCUACCUACGUACAGCACAUAAAGCGUCGGGACAUCAUUCUGAAGCGGGAGCUGGGAGAGGGGGCCUUUGGGAAGGUGUUUCUGGCAGAGUGCUAUAACCUCAGCCCUACCAAGGACAAGAUGCUGGUGGCUGUCAAGACGCUGAAGGACCCCACCCUUGUAUUUUCUCAGACGCUGAAGGACCCCACCCUUGCAGCGAGAAAAGAUUUCCAGAGGGAAGCGGAACUAUUGACCAACCUGCAGCACGAGCACAUUGUCAAGUUCUACGGCGUGUGUGUUGAUGGAGACCCCCUCAUCAUGGUCUUUGAGUACAUGAAGCACGGGGACCUCAACAAGUUUCUCAGAGCCCAUGGGCCCGACGCUAUGAUCCUGGUUGACGGACAGCCGCUGCAGACCAAUGGGGAGCUGGGCCUGUCUCAGAUGCUGCACAUUGCCACUCAGAUCGCCGCGGGGAUGAUGUACCUGGCCUCCCAGCACUUUGUGCACCGUGAUUUAGCCACUCGGAACUGCCUGGUGGGCAACGGCCUACUGGUGAAGAUUGGUGACUUCGGAAUGUCCAGGGACAUCUACAGCACAGACUACUACAGGGGCUGUGUGGGGGGCCACACCAUGCUGCCCAUCCGUUGGAUGCCCCCUGAGAGCAUCAUGUACAGGAAGUUCACUACAGAGAGCGACGUGUGGAGCUUUGGUGUGAUCCUCUGGGAGAUCUUCACCUACGGGAAGCAGCCAUGGUUUCAACUGGCCAACAAUGAGGUCAUCGAGUGUAUUACGCAAGGACGGGUUUUGGAGAGGCCACGAGUUUGUCCCAAGGAAGUGUAUGACAUCAUGUUGGGUUGCUGGCAGAGGGAGCCCCAGCAGAGGCUGAACAUCAAGGAUAUCCAGAAAAUCCUCUAUGCCUUGGGCAAAGCCACGCCUGUCUACCUGGACAUCCUGGGCUAGUGUACGUUGGGGUUUGUCUAUCUGUCUGUUUUUCUGUCUGUCUCUACCCAACAGAUGAACAAAACCCCAGGAAUAACCCAAACAACGAGCACCUUAUUGCUCCACUGUCAAACACCUACAAAAUGGGGAUGGACUUAAGUGCCUGCUACUCCUUUCGAUACACUGGAUAACAGUAUUUAAAAAAGCACUUUUACAUUUUGUUUACCUGCAUUUAAAAUUGUACAGUUACUGAAUACUGUAUGAAGAGGACAUUAUUUCUUUUUUUGGUAAAAACAGCCUACUUAAAGUAUCACAAAAAAAACAACAAAAAAAUGCUAGAAAAUGACUCAAUUACAAAAACUACACAGAAAAAAAAAAGCUGAAAACCCUGGAAAAAUGGUUUGCUUUUGGUAUCCUGACAGCUUGACAGAAGAUCAAACUCCCAGGUGAUUUUCUUUUUCAUUUUAUAAAUAUAUAUUAUAUAUAUUUUUUAUUUAUUUUUAUUUUCAAAGUGUGGAUAUCUGCCAUGUUUCUUGCUAAGGGUACUGUAUGUCACCUGUUGGAGAUGACCUCUUGUUAUUGGCAAGUCAGACAAUUGGCAGGGACUUUUUGAAGAAAGCCUUACUGCACUCCGAUUGGCUGGAUCUAUUCUCUGACUCUGGAUCCGACAAGGCGAUUGGCUACUGAGAGGAAACAGCUUUUCAUUGAGAUGUGGAACUCAUAGGGAAGACAGAGCCAACAAUCAACACAGUCAUCUUAAUUUAAAAUUGAAUGUAUAUACUGUAAAUUUCUAUGUCACAAAAAUAUGUUAACUUAUUUCAUUUCCUAUUUAGAUAAUUUUAGUUUCUUGGUGUGUUGUAAUGGUGAGUGAAUCCUAUAGAUAUUUUGAUAAUCUUUCAUUUGUGUCACUAUUUUCUUCACCUGGUCAGUGUGUUGUUUCUGUUGCUUUUAAUGAAUUUAAUUGUCUUAUCAUUUGAUUUGGAUAUUUGAUUACAAUGUGACCUUACGAGUCAGGAUGUUAGGUUGAGACAUGAACAGGAAGUAGACUGUCAGUAGCGUAAUCAUGAUGUGAGCUUAGACAGACUGAGCAGGAUGCAUACAGUUACAUUAUGAAUUUAUGAUGAUCUUACAUAGCGCCCCCACUUCCCCUCAUUCCAGCUCACUGUUGUUCUUUCAGUGUAAUCUAGUCUUAGAUUUGCUCUCAGCCCCACAUUCUGUAUCACCAUGUAUCUCAUGUACAUCUAGCCAGAGCAAAGAGCUAUAGCUAUGAUAUAGCAUUAUAAGCUGUCACUGGCUGUGUUCGGAAAGUGACAUUUAUAUGGCAUUGUAUUAUACUUCAUCUUGUUUUCCAGGUUGUGGAUAAUGUUAUUCUACUGCCUUCAGAUAGUCAUGACUCUGAUGUUUCAAUUUCUGCAGUUUAUACAGGAAAUGUGCUACUAGACACUAUACAUUCAUAUAAUAGUAGUAACUGCCUCUCAUUUUCCAUUCUCUGUACACAUACAUUCAAGUUAAAGCAUUAUCGUAAUGCAGGCUUGAGAAUGUUUUCUUCUCUCAAUGUGCGCAAGAUUUCUGCAAACGAUCCUUUAUCUUUCUCAGCUCUCCCAAUGUUAAACAAUAGCAAACAUGGCAGACCACAGUGACGUGAAUUAUUCAUUACGUAUUAGUGAUGGAGCACUCUGUAGCUAUGGGGGCUGUUUGGAACAUUACGCUGUUGAUGACAAACACUGGGGCUUUGGGAGAAAGUGCUCCUCUCUCACGCUCACGCUCACUCUCUCUACCUCCCUCUCUAUCGCUCUCUCUCUCGCUCUCCUUCGCUCUCUCCUUCUCUCGCUCUCCUUCGCUCUCUCUCCUCUUGCUUACGCUGAGUAAUGUAAUCAUUCAAGGUUGUGUUUAGUCUCAAUAACACCCCAAUGAUAAAUCCAUAAUUAUUCAAUGCUGAGCCAAACUGGCACCAUGUUUUGCCUAUCUGCAUUUUUUUUAACAAGGUGAUAUAUUAUUAUGUGAUCAAUUUCAUAUUAACGUUUAUGUACAGAAUCAUUUGCCUACUUCAACAAAAAUGUAUUUUAAAAGCUUCAAUAUGAAUUAUCUGGUCAAACUUACAAAUACUGUACUUUUCUUUCAAAUUAAAAGUUCCUUCACGUUAGAAUGGCGAGAUACUCAAA